CCUUAGCUCCCUCUCUCUAGCUAAUCCAAGAGGAAGCCACAAAAAUUUUAAAAAAUAACGAAGUUGGGUCAGCUUCGAGGUUGGAUCGUAAAAGUUAAAAACGCAAAAAUGGUGCGCGUGCUAGAGGAGGAGAAGGAGCAUUUGCGAGCCAAGCUGGGGCAGUUUAAGGGGAUGUUUGAUGGGAUCAGGCAGAAGAGUUUGAUCGUCGACACUAAUGGUGCUGACGACGAUCCCAUCUCCAGGAGCCAGGCUUCCAGCCCCCUGCCCGUUCCCAAUGACCAGCAGCCAGCCCCGCCUGUUGAGCAACGGACUGAGGCUGUUAAGCCUAACGAUGCCCCCCCUCCUCCUCAGCCGAGAGGGCCGCCUUCAGAUUUGGAUAUGAUGAAGGAAAAGUUUGCGAAGUUGCUUCUAGGAGAGGAUAUGUCCGGUGGUGGAAAAGGCGUCUCGUCUGCUCUAGCUUUGUCGAAUGCUAUUACGAACUUGGCAGCCUCUGCAUUUGGAGAGCAAAAGAAAUUGGAGCCAAUGGCACCAGAAACAAAGGCAAGGUGGAAAAAGGAGAUUGAUUGGCUCUUAUCUGUCACAGAUCAUAUUGUUGAAUUUGUUCCUUCUAAACAAAAGGCUAAAGAUGGUAGCAACAUGGAGAUCAUGAUAACAAGACAGAGAACUGACCUUCACAUGAAUAUUCCUGCCUUGAAGAAGCUCGAUGGCAUGCUCCUUGACUGCCUUGACAACUUCAAGGACCAGAACGAGUUCUACUACGAGAAGGGACCUAGCAACAACGAAAAAUGGUGGAUCCCGACGCCAAAGGUUCCUCCAAACGGCCUGUCUGAGGUUACACGGAAAUGGCUGCAGUAUCAGAAGGAUUCCGUGAACCAAGUUCUGAAAGCAGCGAUGGCCAUAAACGCACAGGUUUUGACGGAGAUGGAGAUCCCCGAGAGCUACAUUGAAGCUCUUCCUAAGAACGGGAGAGCGAGCCUGGGGGAUGCAAUGUACAAGAGCAUCACGGACGAAUUCUUUGACCCGGACGUGUUCCUCCAGUCGGUGGACCUGUCAUCGGAGCACAAGAUCCUUGACCUGAAGAACAAGAUUGAGGCAUCGGUGGUGAUCUGGGAGAGGAAGAUGAAUGCCAAGGACAGCAAGCCGGCUUGGGGGUCGGCUGUGAGCAUGGAGAAGAGAGAGAUCUUCGAAGAUAGAGCAGAGACAAUCCUGCUCAUUCUCAAGCAUAGAUUCCCAGGAAUCCCUCAAUCUGAUCUAGACAUAAACAAGAUCCAAUACAACAGAAACGUGGGGCACGCCAUUCUCGAGAGCUACUCAAGAAUCAUCGAGAGCCUGGCCUUCACCGUGCUCUCGAGAAUAGACCAUGUCAUGCUCAUCGACUCCCAAGCGUCCGGGGACCAAGUGAAGAAGCCCUUCACCCCACCCAAGUCGGACGCAGACACCCCUACCUCGAAGCCCACGCUGCUCGAUUUCAUGGGCUGGGAGAACGGGGAGCCCGACCCCAACAAGGACGAACCUCCUCCUCCUCCUAUCAAGCCAACCAUCAUUGCUACAAACAAGAGAUUCUUAGAGAAGCUUGAGAACUUGAGUGGCCUAAGAAGUCCAUCCUUACGCCAUUAGUACUCACAAAUGCCAACAUCAUUUAUGUAUGUAUAUAUCAAAUUAUCAUAACUAAUCAAACUUCUAGUUUUUCACCUUUUUAGGACAACACAAAUACAUACUUCAACUCUGGAUUUGAUGUAGUAGUAUUAGAAAUGCAAGCAACUCGCUCUACACAAGAA